CCCCGCCGGCCAAUCGCUGCCAGUGUACUGAAGUGUGACGUUCGGCUUUCACGCACACCAAUACGAUUUAUCAUCAGUUUUUUGACAUUCACUCGUCGAAGAAGUAGUGCAACUUUGUUAAAUUAGUGCCAAUCGCUGAAUUUUUCUGUUUAUUGUGGACAAACGUUCUCAAUUUAAUGUGAAUCAAAUAAAUUUUAACAUUAGGGUACGUCGAAAUUCACAUUCUAACCUGUGAGCAAUUCUUGGAAGCGCGUUUGCAGCGAUCGAGACGAGACCUUGAUAACUAGUUCUUUGGACGAGCGAAGAGACAGUUAUUAUAGGAUCGUUCAUGCCCGUGGAGGUAUGUUUUUAGUUUACAAUCUGUGAAAACGAUCGUGUGUGUUUUAGUUUUGUUUCUAAUCCGUUUGGAGUAUACCAUAACUGUGGUGUGGAGUGCGUCUCAAGUUCACUGCGCAGGGAUUCUGCAACUGGGAAGUGCGAAUGUACCAGUCAUGACGAAGUUAUAAAUAUGUGCGUUUUGAUAUUGUCGCGUGCGGGAGGACGGCUGUGAGGCGUCCCCGCGGAGUACCGUAGUGCCAUGGACGUCGGCGGAGAAGGCGUGGCCCCCGAUGCGGUCGUAGUGCAUAAUGCCGGCGACCAGAGCGCCCACCUGAGUGAUGUUUUUGAGGUGAUCUCGCAGGCGGACCCGUCGUUCGGCGCGGGCGCAGCGGGCGACGCGCACGGCAUCAUGGCGCAGGCCCCGGCGCCCUACGCGUACAUCAUCGAGCAACCCGCGCCCAAGUCGCUCAGGUUUCGCUAUGAGUGCGAAGGGCGGUCAGCGGGUUCGAUUCCCGGCGUGAACAGCACGCAGGAGAACAAGACGUUCCCCACGAUCAAGGUCUGCGGCUACAAGGGCUGCAUGGUCAUCGUGGUGUCAUGUGUCACCAAGGAGGAGCCCUACAAGCCGCACCCCCACAACCUGGUGGGGCGCGACUGCCAGAUGGGCGUGUGCACGGUGAAGGUGCGCACCGAGGGCGACGCCGACGCCUGCCAGGUGCAGUUCAAGAACCUCGGCAUCCAGUGCGUCAAGCGCCGCGACAUCGCCGACGCGCUGCGCACGCGCCAGGAGCUGCGCGUCAACCCCUUCAAGACGGGCUACGCGCACCGAAGCCAGCCGCAGAGCAUCGACCUGAACGCGGUGCGGCUGUGCUUCCAGGUGUUCCUCACCGACGACGCAUACAAGGUGCAGCGCGCGCUGCCGCCCGUCGUCUCUGACGUCAUCUACGACAAGAAGGCCAUGUCCGACCUGCUCAUCGUGCGCUCCAGCCAUUGCUCUGGAAGCGUCAAGGGCGGGACCACCGUCAUUCUGCUGUGCGAGAAGGUGACGCGUGAGGACACAGAAGUGUGGUUCUUCUUAGAAGAGAACGGCGCAGUGGUGUGGUCGGAGCGUGGACACAUCGACUACGUGCACAAGCAGCUUGCUAUAGUACUCAAGACGCCGCCCUACCGCGACCAGCGCCUGGACCACCACGUUACUGUCCAGUUCCAGCUGCAGCGGCUGUCGGACGGCGCCAAGAGCAACGCCUACAGCUUCGAGUACAUCCCCAACGUGCAAGGUACCCGUAAGCCGCUGCCCGACCUCGCCUCCCUCGCGCUACUACUGUCAGACACAAACCCCGCCCCAAAUCCCGCCCCUAACCCUACAGACACAAACAACAACAACCGCGACAAAGACGCACUCGUCAGCUCCACCAGCGACUCUUAUUCUGACCAUACCACGCCCCUCGACACAAACGGCGACGCCUCAGAAGCGCUCCUCCCCGAUUCCAACGAAAAAAGCCUCGACGAUCUCCUCGAUCAAGUCGCGGAGCUCGACGAGAUUUACACCGAGAAUCGCACGCGUUUAGAAAACAUCACGUCAAUGCAAACAGACGACGACAUGGAAGACUUCAACGACGCUGGAACCUACACCAGUCUCCAACUCGCCUUCAAAAACCCAAUAACAAUAACUGAGCCGGAAUCGCUUCCAUACGAGGACGUCCAAGUCCACAGCUACCGCGGCCCGAUUAUAGAGUUUGCGCCGCUCAAACGCGACACCGAUGAUGAUGAUAAAGCCCCCCCGUUGCCCCCGAAACGCGUCCGCAAACCCUCGACGGAACCGUUUAAGACGAGCCAGACCUCAGUUGACAGCAUCCUCAAGCCGGGCCGCCAAAUACCUGUUACUAGAAACCCUGAGGUCCUGCGCCGUGAUCGCACUGAGUUGUCUGUAGCACGCAGCGAGCCGGCUUUACCUCCGGUCAAGAAGCGGUCGUUCUUCUCGCGUCUAUUUAGGCGAAAAGAGAAGUCUCCCGCUCCGAGCGUUAAAUCGGAAGGCAGAAAGGAGAAGAAGUCCAAACCAGUCGGAAGAUCGGUCAGCAGCGUUUCCGGGCUGCGACCUUCUAAGUUCAAAUCCUCAGUAUCGCAUACGUCUCUGAAAGACAACGCGUCGGGAGCCGGUCUAAGCUACGCGGACAGUAUCACACAUAUCUCCCUACACGGUGACGGUGAAGAUGACCGCUCGCAGGCGUCUCUUCGUCGUCCUGCCAGCCUGGCGCCUCUACCGCCGACAGAUGGCGGCACCAUCUUGGUAGCGGAAAGCGUCCUCGCAUUAGACGCGUCGGCCUUCAAAAAGCUCCAAGACGAUCUCGAUUUAACCGACGCGGAACACUACGCCCUGUAUAUGGCUGUAGCGCCGCACGCGACGGUUUCAGAGUUCGACGAGACCAGUUGCUACUACUCGCCGGUAGAUGGCAGCAAAUUUCAGAAUUAAAAUUAAUAAAAAAAUAAAAAAUGGUUCUAAAAAGGCCUAUUCGAAAGAAGGCAGCUAUUAAAGAUAAUUCUAUUUUAAAUAUUGAGGCAGCUAAAUUCUUAUUGUAGUGUAGGUACUUAAUAAAAAGCUUCUAUGAGGCAGCUAUAAACGCUGAUAAAAUCGGCUAAUGAAUAAAAUAUCCUUACUAGUCUUUCUAGUCUUAUAGUAAAUAUAAAUUUCAACCACCGCUAUCGAAAAAUAGGCUCAAAUACGUACAAAAACUGCUUAUUUGUUUAACCAUUACUUCGCUGUGACGCUCGGCACAACACAGAAACUAAACACACACAUACACUUGAGUAAGCCAAAAUGUACUUAGGCAUACUCUGUACAUACAAUUCCUUUCCCUUCCCGUCCCCAAUGCCAAAUUUUUCGAUACCUUUUACACUGUAAUUGCGAAAGAUUCCAAAUAUUGUCUUCAAAGUCUUAUUUUUCUUUUCAACGGUAUAAACUGAUGAUCCCAAAGAAAGAGUGAAUAAGUGCCCAAAUGUUUCAAGGGUGUAUUUAUUCAUUGGAUAAUCACUACAACUGUAGUCAAUAUUACAUAGUUUGCAAUCGCAUUACUUGAAAGGUUGUAUUUGGUAUUUAAUUAACAUCAAUUUGUAUCGUUGAAUGGAAUCGAGACUUCUUUUUGAACUCUGUACUUAAUUUUAAUGUUUGUGUCGUUAUAUCUAACGUGUGAUUGAUAUGUUCUAGAUAAAGAGAUAAUACUAGGCCUUAAGCGACGGAAGAAACUGUCGCACACUUUACAGGAAUACGAUGAGAGUAAGUGUAUUUUUAUGCAUUUUUG